UGCCCUCACGUGGAGGCUUUCCCAGCCCACCUUGCCCCAUUCUGUUUCUAGAGUCUGUGUUUCUAGGGUGUGGAAGGUGGCAAUUAUGAUGACACCUGGCAAUUGUGGGGCUGAGUUCUCAGCACAGAUGUGGACAGGAGCCUGCUGGGGCCUGUUCAGCUAUGAGAAGUCUGUGGAAGGAGCAGGCUGCCCUCACAGGAAAUGACUUCUCAGAUGGCAACAGAAAAUGGCUGCAAGGUAAAGCACAGAUCCCACCAUUCUUCCAUGAACUCGAACCAGCUUGAGGUACCAGUGCACACCCAGUCCCCGUCUCUGGAGAAGCUGUUACGCAGACUGAGGGCCUCGGACGCCCAGCAGGAUGACAAUUUUACCAACAUCCUGGAUGUGGUGGGGGAGUUUGGCACAUUCCAGCGGAGGCUGGUGGCCCUCACCUUCAUCCCCAACAUCCUGUUGGCCUUCUUCAUGUUUGCUGACAUCUUCAUGUUCGCAGCCCAGAAGCCCUAUUGCAAUACUAGCUGGAUACUGGCAGUGGAACCCAAUCUGUCAGAGGCUCAGCAGUUGAAUCUGACCCUGCCCCGAGAACCCAAUGGCAGUUUCCAGACAUGCCUCAUGUACUUGCCUGUGACCUGGGAUCUGGAUUCUAUUAUCCAUUUUGGCCUCAACUACACACAGUCAUGCCAAGACGGGUGGAUCUAUCCUGAGGCCAAGAAGCGAUCGCUGGUCAAUGAGUUUGACUUGGUGUGUGGCAAGGAUCGGAACACGGAAGGCGUGCAGACCAUGUUAACGGCCGGCCUCCUAAUAGGGUCCCUCAUCUUUGGGUUCGUAAGUGACAAGCUGGGCCGCUACCCCACCAUCCUGAUGUCGCUGCUGGGGCUGACCGUCUUCGGCUUCGGGACAGCCUUCGUCAAUACCUUUCGCCAGUAUCUGUUCUUCCGCUUCGGCAUGUCCCAGGCCUUGGUGUGCUACGCCAUCAGUAGUGUGUGUUUAGCUACCGAGUGGCUAAUAGGCCAACACCGGGCCCACGCCAUCAUCCUGGAACACUGCUUUUUAUCUGUGGGAUUCAUGUUCCUGAAUGGGCUUGCCUACAGCCUCUCCCACUGGCGGUUGCUGUUUCUGUUGGGUGGGGCACCCGUGUUCCCCCUCAUUUCCUAUAUCUGGAUCGUUCCGGAGUCCCCUCGGUGGCUGCUGAUGAAGGGGAAGGUGGAGGAGGCCAAGCAGAUGUUGUGCUACGCAGCCGGUGUGAACAAGAAGAUCAUUCCCUUAAGUCUGCUGGAUAAGCUGCAGCCACCUGGAAAGAAGGUGAUUAACGCCUCUGUCCUGGACUUCUAUAACAAUAAGUACCUCCUCAAGGUGACCUUGGUGAUGGGUUGUGUGUGGUUUACUGUGGGUUACAGUUAUUUUAUGCUGAUCCUCAAGUUGAAGGAUUUGGGCAUAAACAUCCACUUCACUCGAGUGAUUCCUAGCAUCGUGGAGGUGCCCGCCCGGCUGUGUUGCAUCUUUCUCCUUGAGCAGAUCGGGAGGAAGUGGAGCUUGAUUGUGACUACCUUCCAAGGCUCCCUUAUGUGCUUGCUUGUCCUUAUCCUCCCCUCAGACCUGAAAUCCAUGAUGAUCAUCCUGGUCGUGCUUGGAGAGUUCAGCCUGGCGGCCUCAGUCUCGCUGUUCUUCAUCUACACCGCGGAGCUCCUGCCCACAGUCCUCAGGGCGACAGGUCUGGGGCUGGUGUCUCUGGCCUGGGCAACUGGAGCCAUCUCAUCCCUGGCAGUCAGCUACCAGAAAUUCAUCAUCCUACCCAUCUUUCUCUGCUGCAUCUCAGCCACCCUGUCCUUGUCCCUCUGCUCCGUGCUGCCAGAAACACAAGAUCAGGCUCUCCCUGAUAACCUGGAGCACUACUUCCUGCAGACAAGGAACAUGGCGGAGGACAUGUUCACGGAGGAAGUAGUAAGUGAGGGGACUGCGGAAGUGAUGAAGAACACCGUUCUCAGUUCCACGAAACUGAAAUCAGACUCGGACAGUCUCUUCAGCGUGUCCUGGCAGGAUGUGUCUUGGCCUGGCAGAGGAAAGGAAACAGACCCACGAAUGACUGAUGGCCUGGCCCCCAGAUGAUCUUGGUGGGAGCUGAGGGUCUGGGUGUGGGGCUGUGGACUAAAGGCCACGAAUUCCAGGCCUAAUCCAACUGAGGGACAGGUCCGUCCUGCUCCAAGGCCAGCCCUUGAGAUCCAAGAAUGGCCCCUCCUGGGUGAGCUAGGGUGUGAUUUAUUCCAAUAAAUGUGCCAUGUUGGACCUGAGAUGGCUCAAAAUUGGUCAAAA